AAACACCCAGUUCGCCAGAAGAAUCAGACAACACAACUGCCAUUGUAGCGGGUGUGAUGGUGACGAUAUUAGUCAUAGCAAUCAUUAUAGGGGCGGUACUGGGAUAUAGAUACUUCAAAAAGAAACAAGAGGAAAACCUUUUCACCAAGAGAAAAAUAAAUCCUUUGAUUACUGUUGGAACGGUUGGCAGUUUGAAGAAAAUGCCGGAACCUUUGGUCAAUACGAACCAUAACAGCAGCAAAUCCAAAGAAAAGGAUCUCAGCAAUAACAACAACAGGUCCAGUGAUAAUGGUCUUAAUAAUAACAACAACAGUAACAAAUCUAGUGGUGAUAUAUCCAGUAACACAGACAACAAGUCAAAGGAUGACAUCCAAAAAGUUCCACCACCGGAAAUGCUGGUGACAAUUGACGGUGAAUUGCAAGAUGUAGAUGCUGAUAAGGAAAUCAAGGAACAAAAAAGGCCAGAAAAAGAUGAAACAAAUGGAGAUAAAGUAGAGAAAGAUAAAGCAGAUAAAGUAGAUAAAACAGAACACAAGGAAGAGAAGAGUAUAUCGAAUGGAACAGUCACCGUGUUUGACCUUACCGAAAACGAGGCGAAUGUUUUGAAGACGAAUCAACCUAAUGGAGUGAUAAGUAAAGAGGAUAUGGAAAAUAAGCCUGAUAAAGAAAUGGGUGAAAAAGUUAAUUCCGAAAGUGUUAAGCCUGAGAAGAGGGUUACUUUUCCAGAUCAACCACCAGAAGGACUAGGGAAACGAGAAAAAACAAUUCUUCCUUCGGACGAGGCCAAAAGGGCUCCGAAUGAGGAGGUGUCCAAUUUUGGGAAGGACAAAACCGGUAUGAACUCGAGAAUGCCCAGCAGAGGAGGAGUAAAACCCACAGAGAGUAGUGGGUCUCUAGAUGUUCUGUUUGGCAAGAAUGGUGUCCUGAAACCAGAGCCCCAGGACCCGCACAGCACACUGGGUCCACGUGACACCACUCUAACUGAUAUAAUCAUAUAACAUGCUAGCUAUAGAAAAUAUAUAUUUUUUAAAAAUGUUACUGCAUGAAAUGAACACUCAUUCUAUUGACAGUUUGAACCUAACCUUUUUUAUGCAUGUUUAUAUAUCCUUCAGAAAUCAUUCUGAUAACAAAUCAAUGUUUGAUCGUAUAUGAAAUUUACAUUUGAGAAGAUUAAAGAAAGACAAAAUUUGUUUUGUUUGUUUUUUGUAUUCAAAUAAUUUUAGCGCCGAAUCGGAAGAAGUUUGCUAUACUGAAAAUGUCAAUAGAAAGAGUAAGUAAUUUUUGUGUUUCUCUGAAAAAUAUAAGUAUUGACUUGGUGCAUUGGUUUUGAUGAGUCAGUUAAAUUUAUGUUCACAUUUUUCUUGUUGCAGGAAAACCUAUAUGUAGAGGAGGUCAGGUGGUAAAAGGAAAUGAAUCAGACGAACUAAAUGAAAUAUCUUUACAAUAUUUAAAGAAAGAUAAAAAUAGCCUGGUAGUCCUCAAAUCAAGAACUCAAACACACGAACCGAACUCUUCAAAAUCAUUAGUCGAAGACGGGUGUCCUGGAGAAACCUUGACCAAUCUUGGUGCAUUAAUGUCCAUCGCGUCCUCCAAUCCCCACGAUCAUGUGUUGAAAGAGCAUAGAUGAGAACAUUUAUCUAGUUACCUUGACAACGCCGUCCACCUUACUGACCAUCCAUUAGUCGACCACAGAGAGUAGAAGACUGUUUAUCAAUACAUAACCAUUAAAUUUAUUAAAACCUCGAUAUUUUCUAUCUU